AAUAGAGUACUAUUAGGAUACUGUAUGCGAUAUCCCAAUGCAAUGCACCCCGGAUAUACGGCUUAAUGUACCCCCCGUCGAUCAGCGGGGGGAUAUCCGACGACAUUUCCCAUCCCACCCACCAACAACCCCCAGAUUGCUAAUCCGCCAUAAUCCCAAUGGCAAUUCCCACCGGCAGAUCCAUCGGGGAGAACCUACACAUUCCCCAUGAAGGAACCAAUUCCGCUUAAAGCAUGCUUAUUCAACUCUUAUGCAUCAUCCGAUCUGCCCAAUGCGGGGUGUGAUGAUCCCCUCCUUUCUGGCAGUAUAUA